ACUCCACAACUCCCAAAGUUUCCCCUUUCCACCAAAUACAAAGUCCGAAGAAAAGAAAUUGCGAGAAAAUCUUUACAAUUAUAUAUAAAAAAAAAACUGAUCGUUUACUUCUGUGUGAUCUUUUUUGAUCGGAAAAGGCUAUAUUUUUAUACUGGGUAUGAUUGUUGGAGAAGAUGGGAGCUGAAGCAGAGGUUGUUUGUCAGCAGAGCGUGCCUGUUUUGGAGGUCAAGUAUUUUGCAAAAGGAACAAAUGUUUGUGAGGUCAUUGAAUUACCUGUACCUCAAACCCUUUCUCCCAAGAGCUUUGAUAAGAUCAAGACUUCGGAUUUGGUCUCUGUUGAUUUAGCCAAGUCUCAGGAGAAUGUUAAAGUUGUGGAGAAAAUCCCUGAUAUGGGUCCUGACUCGGCUGUGAUGCAGCAAUUUGUACCCUGCAUCCGUUCUGGUAGCUUUGCCGAUAUUGGACCCCGAAGAUACAUGGAAGAUGAGCAUAUACGUAUAGAUGAUCUAUCUUCACACUUGGGAUCCCUUUUUCAAUUUCCCACACCAAGUGCUUUCUAUGGGGUGUUUGAUGGUCAUGGAGGUCCUGAAGCUGCAGCUUUUAUCAAGAAAAAUGCAAUGAGGAUCUUCUUUGAAGAUGCCAAACUCCCCCAGACAGCCGAAGUUGAUGAGAUCUUCUCAGGAGAGCUUCAGAACUCACUGCGCAAAGCUUUUCAUCUGGCUGACCUUGCUUUGGCUGAUGAUUGUAAUGUUAACAGUUCUUCUGGGACGACUGCACUCACUGCUAUGAUAUUUGGCAGGCUGUUGAUGGUAGCCAAUGCUGGCGACUGCCGAGCGGUUCUUUGCAGAAAAGGAGAGGCGAUUGACAUGUCUCAAGACCACAGGCCAAUUCAUCCUCCGGAGAGGAGACGGGUUGAGGAAUUGGGUGGCUACAUUGAUGACGGUUAUCUGAAUGGUGUGUUAUCAGUGAGUCGUGCCUUAGGCGACUGGGAUAUGAAGUUCCCACGCGGUUCUCCUUCGCCUCUAAUCUCAGAGCCAGAGUUUCAGCAAAUAAUUCUUACAGAGGAUGAUGAGUUUCUAAUUAUGGGGUGUGAUGGCAUCUGGGAUGUGAUGUCAAGUCAGCAUGCGGUGAGCCUUGUUAGGCGCGGGCUGAGAAGGCAUGAUGACCCGAAUCAGUGUGCCAGAGACCUUGUUAUGGAGGCUUUGCGCCUCAGCACGUUUGACAACCUGACUGUGAUUGUUGUAUGCUUCACUCCACUUGAUCACCGGGAGGUAUCACCUCGGCAGCAGCGGAGACUACGCUGCUGCAGCCUCUCUGCGGAGGCCCUGUGUAGCUUGAGGAACCUCUUGGACGGUGGCAGCGACAGUCGUUGAAUCGCUUUAAACUACUUCCUUUUUUCAAAUAAAAGUCUCUCUUUCUAGGCAAAGGGAGACUAUAUGUUCACUGUUUUUUUGGCUGCUUCAGUUAUGUGAGAGAAAAAGCAGCUGCCAGUUUUGUAGGUGUUGUGUGUGAGAGCCAUUCACAUGGUGCUCACAGAAUCGAUGUAAAUAGUCCGCGGCCGGUGGAGGAGGGUGGGUGGUGUAAAGUUAUGGGUGUAUUCUUUUAGAAACGGUUUCCCAUCAAUGCCUACAAUUUCAAUUCUUUUGUGUGUAUCUUAUGUUACGCUGUACAUUCUCAAUAAAAGUUGCCCCUUUUGCUGCAUUAUAUGAAAA